GUUUGCGCAUGCUAAGAAGCUACGUUCAGCGAUAUUUGUGUUCAGAUGUUUGUGUUGUCGCAAGAAAUGUAGUUUAUUAUUAUUCGCCUUUAAACUUUUAAAUAAGUGCCAAACGCAGAGAUGAGCUUGCAACAGAGAGCCAGGGAGUUUGUGGGCGUGUAUGAUCACAUUUUGGAGCAGCAGAUUGUGGGACGAGGCUGCAGCUUGGCGUGCAGAGAUGAAACUCUGUGGAAGCUGGUGGAAGAUCGGCUGAAGGACACGGAUGCCCAAGAGGUGCACUGUCUCGGUCUAGAUACCCUCAGGGAGAUGGAGGAGUCACUGAAGGCAGCUGCAGCAUCAGCUCCACCUGGACCCUACUACAAGAGAGUCAGAGCUAGAGGGGGACUUCGAGGUCUGGCUAAAGCUUUUGAAGUCCUGGAGCAAGCAGCACUGAACCUGUACCUGGGUCCCUGGAGAAAGGAAUACAGAGUCAUCAAGAUGUACUCUGGAACAUUCACCCACUACAUCACACCGGUUCUGUCCAUGCCUCAAAUCGAGAGGCUUUUUGGGUUGUUGGGAUACCAGCCCAGCCCAGUUCGGCCUGAACAGCUGUGUCUCCAGUCGCCUAAAGUCAACCCUGCAACUCUGGAUCACCUCCUGCGUUUGUCUUGUGCCUUUUUUGUAGCCCGCUGUGAGUGCCGCCUUCUUCUGUCAGCGUUGUGGAACCAUGUCGGUGACUCUCAGUGGGAGAUGAACAUGGUGAGGGAGAGGCAGAGAGGAAACAGCCUGCAGGUUGCCUUUGAAAAUGUCAAGAAGCAGCUUGAUGUCAGCGAGUCGCCGAUGGAGCUGGUCGAUGAAGCUGAUCUUUACAGAGAUGAGCCAGUUAAUGGGGAGCAGAAAGAAUGGAGUAUCGAUAAUGAGAACCCCCACUCCUUAAUCAGGGCAAUUCAAAGCAAUCCGUCAUCUCCUGCUGGCCAAACACGCAGCAUCGGAGCAAGUUACAUGUCCUCACCACCAGAGUCAGACACUAGUAGAAGUUCCUCAUUCAACAAGAGCAAAGGCAAGCAUUUGUCUGAGGAGUUGAAGUAUAAAAUAGACUCACAGCAGAUACGAGUGUCAGGGAUUGGCAAGGGUGAGACUGAAAUUAAUAAUCUCUGCAGCUGCACCAAUGGUCUUGUUCACCCUUAUCAAUGCUUUGAUUGCAACAGCUUUCAUGACCCCACCUGUGCCUUUCUUGACGAGUGCACUAUGAAAGGCCACAACGUGCAAGUUGCUGACAACCUGCCGGAGAAAAUGAAAGAAGCUCACGAGUUGUCGCUACCAAGUGCGAUCUUCAGGGAGAGCGGGACAAAAAAUGUGACCAGCACCAACGCAGCCGCGUCCUCCUCAGAUGUGUGUGAUGAUGCUGAAUCAGCAACGCUUCAACCAAUCAGCUACCACAACUGCUGCGACCUGAAGACGGUAAACCCAGACCCUCGGAUCUUUUGUCCCAAAUGCCUUGUCUUCCACGCCCAUUUUUGCAAGGAGGGAAAAUUGUGUCAAGAAAGCCAUGAGGCCACUCGGCUGGGACUGUGCUCCUGUGGGAAGUAUUGUUCCAGAAAGCCUUUAGUUCUGUGCCGGUACUGUGGAAGAGAGUAUUGUCGCAAGUGCUGGUUCAGACAGCCCAUUAUGUGCAUCUGUGGCCAAACAUUCGACCAAGAAUCUUCUGUCUGAUGUGCACUCAAAAAGUUUUACACUGUUGAGGCACAUUUAGCAGAAUCACUGUGCCUUAAAUCUGCAUAUCGAAUGCCAACUGAUUUGACGUUGCCUUGUAUAAAAUGCUGUUCUAUAUGUGUUCUCUUUUGUUUCAUAAGUUGCCAUAAUCAGCCUUUUGA